CAGCGCGUGUUGAUGGAAAAUGUUAUUGUUUAACAUGACGUUUGAUUAUUUUAGAAAGAGUAUAUAUCUCAAAAGCAUAUAGUAUUCACGUACUUCCCUUUGUGAAUGUGGCGAUUGCGCACUGUGCACACUGGUGCGCUUUUGGGGGUUGGAAGACAGACAGGCAGCCAGAGAGACAGCGAGAGAGAUAGAAAGAGAGAGGGGUUUCUCAUACACAGACAUUGCAUUGCAUUGAUGUCUUGGAUGUACUCUGAUUGAGUAGCCUAGUUAAGCGUUUGGGGAAACUAUAAGAAGGCAGAAGCCAUGAAGAAACAACUCCACCAAAUACCAUAAAUACACCAUCAAGGAAUAAUGUCGAUGUAUAACGGGACUGGAGAAAUGGGCGGAAAGGACUACACCUAUGUACGGGUUUGUGCGUCGACCAUCGCCUUCAUAACAUUGGCAUUCUUCAACAUCGUCAUUAACUGGACUAUACUGCGCGAGGAUCGACUUCGGGGCCAUGCGCGCUUUGUGUUGGUGUUUCACCUGUUGGUGUCCGCUCUGGUGUACUUCGGAAUGUGUUCUGUUUUCUACCUCCAGAUCUACUUCGACGCCAAGCCGGUGCCAUCCAUAUGUGUGGCCAUGAUAACCGUCCUAAUCACCAGCGCGUCCAAUAUCCUUCUGACUCUCACUGCUAUGUCGCUGGACCGUUAUUUUGCUGUCUGCCAUCCUCUGUGGUACAGUUCUGUCUGGCAAUGGCCUUGGCUAGUUGGGCUACUGACAUGGGGACUCGCACUGGUUAUCCCCCUCACUCUGCUCUCCAAGACAGAUAUGCUCGGCAGUGAUACAAAUGUGGAAUGUGGAAGGGAACAGCUGAAGAAAGGUGGCCUGGAAAAAAUAUUGUUGAUAUCUGUGUGCACGGCGCUCAUUCUGUACAGUUAUGUAAGGAUACUGUUUGAGGGGCGACGGUUGGGAGUGAUGAAUCGACGCAACAUGGUCGGAUGCAAGACCCUCGCCCUGCACGGUACUCAACUCGCCGUAUACAUCCUCCCCAACUUCAUGAACUUUGUGCUAACAGUUCUCCAGAAACAAGGACACAUUCAGCCGGGGACCAAAGAACUGUCUGCGGUGGUUAGUUUCGCCUUCUUCAGCUUGGCGCAGUGCGUCGCACCAAUCGUCUACGGGUUGCGUAAAGAGGAACUCUUGGAGCAGGUGCAUCGCCGAUUCCCUUGUUGUUCCCGCCACCUGAAAACCGUCCUGGGCCCGGUUUCCCAAAAUCAUCUUAAGGCUAAUUUCAUAUUAGAGCCCAAAAGCCUAGGUUCUAACGAUGAAUUUAGCCUUAAGAUGCUUUUGAGAAACCGGGCCCUGGAGUGGACCUGGCGUGCCAUAACGCCUUGUCUGCAUUCCCAGUCAAGUGAAAGAAGACUGACGUUCCAGACACUCAUCUCACUGGAGCCCCCACAGACCCCAGUUUGAGGGGACGCCGGGAGCGAAGAAGCCACCGUUCCAGACACUCAUCUCACUGGAGCCCCCACAGACCCCAGUUUGAGGGGACGCCGGGAGCUUAGAAGCCACCGUUCCAGACACUCAUCUCACUGGAGCCCCCACAGACCCCAGUUUGAGGGGACGCCGGGAGCGAAGAAGCCACCGUUCCAGACACUCAUCUCACUUGAGCCCCCACAGACCCCAGUUUGAGGGGACGCCGGGAGCUUAGAAGCCACCGUUCCAGACACUCAUCUCACUGGAGCCCCCACAGACCCCAGUUUGAGGGGACGCCGGGAGCGAAGAAACCACCGUUCCAGACACUCAUCUCACUGGAGCCCCCACAGACCCCAGUUUGAGGGGACGCCGGGAGCGAAGAAGCCACCGUUCCAGACACUCAUCUCACUGGAGCCCCCACAGACCCCAGUUUGAGGGGACGCCGGGAGCGAAGAAACCACCGUUCCCGUAACUUCACUACCCACGAGUACUUCUCCUGUGCUCCAUAGACUGGGCUGAAGACGUGUUGUACCAGACUGAUACUGCGUUUCAGAUGCCAUUGAGACAACGGUGGAUGGGGGGACAUAGCAACCAGACGAAAGGUGUCGCUCUCACUAUAAACAUUUGAGACGAGUCUCCAUUUUUUUUUUGCCGAUGAACAUUCAUACAGUACUUGGUUAUCCAGCAUCUGUACAAAGCUGUGAAAGUGCUUCUGUUAUACCCAGGAUGUCGUGACUUUAUAGGCUUGGAGCAUCACUAUGGACAGACCAGCCUCAGACGACCUGUAAUGCCUUAACUUUACUGUGUCAGAGAGGAGUCAAGCAGGAAUUUGACUUGUAUUACAGUACAAGACCACCUGACCAUCAGAAUUGACUGGAUGUGCAUUGUGCAAUAUAGCCUACUUUGAAAGAGUUGAUUCAUUAAUGAAAAUUGAAGCAGCAAUGUCUGAUUCUUUUGUGUGAGAUAAAGUCAAGACAUCUUUUAUUUGGGAUGAAAAGAUCCCGAUUCAUUCAAACAAGAGCCAGAUUGAACAUUGUUGCCCAUCUUCAUCGCCAUGUGAACCUCAGUGGCAGAUUCUCUGUAAUAAAAGAGCUGAAACUGUGAACAGCACGUGAUAUGGA